AUCAUACCCUAAAAACAACAAAAACUUAAAAAAAAAAAAAAAAUUGGGCGUUCGUAGCGAUUCUUCUUCUUCACACAACCGAUCAACAACAAACACUCUUCAAAUCAGUUAGAAAUCAAAUCACACAUGGAGCUUUCAGUUUCACCGACUUCAAACAAUAACUCUUAAUUUCUAACACACACUGAAACAGUGAAGAAGAAGAAGAAGCUAUGACGGAGGUUAUAAUGGCUGACGUCACUCCGCCGGUGCGGUCUCCGGAGGAAGAACGGCUGGUUAUGCGAGACAUUGCCAUGGCCGCCGGUGAAGCUCAGGCGAAAGAAGGAGAUACAUUCUGUUUGAUCACUCAAAGGCAUGUCAGGGAGUGAAGGUGUGAGCGAGAAUUCAACCGAAAAUGGUAGUGUUACAGGGCCGUCACCAGAUCAAGAAAGACAAGUGAUUCUGAGCAUUACUCAAGACGAUGAACCGCACGUCAAAGAAGGCGAUACUUAUUAUUUAAUCUCUUUUAGAUGGUGGCGAACAUGGUCUGCAUUUGUUAAUCAGAGCCCUACACCUAGUAGCAGCUCAGGUAUUUUGCAGAGGCCACCAAGCAUCGACAAUUCUGAUUUAAUCUGCGAAUCGUCACCUGAAGAUUCAACUAUUGAUAUUCACGAUACAUUAGUUGAGGGCACUGAUUACAUAUUGGUCACCGAAAGAAUUUGGAAUCAGUUUUAUGCAUGGUAUGGUGGGGGCCCCACAUUGGCUAGGAAAGUUAUAAUGCGUGGCUCAUCACAGACAGAAUUAACUGUAGAAGUUCAUCCUCUACGCCUUCAAUUGCACUUGAUGCCAAGGGUUGACCAUUCUUACCUAAGAAUGAGCAGAAGGGAAACAGUUGGGGACCUACACAGGAAGGCUUGUGAGAUCUUUGGACUUAAUUCAGAUCAAGUAAACAUUUGGGAUUACCAUGGCCGUCGAAAACAUGCUUUGUUGAAUGACCUAGAUAAAACACUCGAUAAUGUCAAUAUAGAAAUGGAUCAGGAUAUUCUAGUGGAAGUCGUUGAUAACAGUGGCGGCUACACAACUGCUGUUAAAGCUAAUGGUUGUUUGGGCAACGGUCAUUUCACAGUUCCAGAACCUUCUAGAACAAACCAUUCGGUUGCAGGAGGUUCCUCUACAAGCAAUGGUUUCUCUAGAAGCUAUAAUUCAGAGAUUUCACAAUUGCAGAGCACGCCUCUUGCAACUGAAAAGGGACCCACUUCUUUCGGUGUUACUACUAGAGGUUCUUGCAUUGGUCAAAUCGGGUUGUUGAAUUUUGGGAAUACGUGUUUUAUGAACAGUGCAAUUCAAUGCCUUGUUCACACACCCGAGUUCGCUAGAUUUUUCAUCGGAGAUUUUCAUCAAGAAAUUAACUGGCAAAAUCCUCUAGGCAUGGAGGGGGAGCUGGCUAUGGCAUUCGGUGAAUUGCUUAGGAGGUUGUGGGCCCCAGGACGGACCGCAUUUGCUCCACGGGCAUUCAAAACAAAGCUAGCCCGUUUUGCACCACAAUUUGGUGGACACAAUCAACAUGAUUCUCAGGAACUUCUUGCUUUUUUGCUUGAUGGACUUCAUGAAGAUCUGAAUCGUGUGAAAGAGAAACCAUAUAUUAAGUCUAGAGAUGCGGAUGACCGUCCAGAUGAACAAGUUGCUGAUGAAUAUUGGGCUAACCACAUCUCUCGGAAUGAUUCAAUAAUUGUCGAUGUCUGCCAAGGGCAGUACAAAUCAACUUUAGUUUGUCCUGUAUGUGAUAAAAUCUCGGUUACAUUUGACCCGUUCAUGUAUCUCUCCUUGCCACUUCAGUCAGCCACACCUCGUACAAUGACGGUGACAGUUUUUAGCUGUGACGGCAGUGUGAUUCCCGCUACGUGCACAGUAACUGUACCAAAAUUUGGCCGUUCCCGGGACUUGAUACAAGCACUUAGCAAUGCGUGCUCACUAAAAAAAUAUGAGAAAAUUUUGCUGGCUGAGAUUGAGAAUCAUGCUAUUCGUCGGUUCUUUGAAGACCCACACAUGUCAUUAUCUUCCAUUAAGGAUGAUGUAUGCCUUAGUGCCUACAUAAUCCCUAAAUCAAUGAUGAACAGCAGAUACCUUCUGUUUGUCAACCGCCGUCAAGACCCGGAAGGAAUGUGGAAGCCUUACGGAACACCGCUUGUUUUUCCCAUCUCUAAUGAUGCAACGAUUACAAGAGGUGAUAUCCAGUUAAUAGCUCACACAAUGCUCUCUCCCAUACUAAAACCCGAGAACAUUGCUCCCAUUACACCAUCGGGCCCUACCAAAAAAGAAUACUCACCUUGUAAUGAAAACGGUGACUCGUUAGUCAAACUUCCGUUAAAGUUGGUCAAUGGAACCGAUGACCUGAUUGAUAUCUCAAUUGGAGAAGAGAAAACCAUUAACUUGUCAUCAUCUUCAACGUCGGUGGUGCUUUAUAUUGAUUGGUCUCCAGAACUUGUGAAGAAAUUUGAGAUACGUUAUUUGGAAAACUUGCCGGAAGUUUCUAGAAACGGGCAUGUGGCAAAGAAAGCACGUGUUGAACCUUUGUCUCUCUACACAUGCAUAGAAGCUUUCUUGCGUGAGGAACCCUUAGUACCUGAAGACAUGUGGUUUUGCCCUCAAUGUAAAGAGCAAAGGCAAGCGAGUAAAAAGUUGGAUCUUUGGAGGCUUCCUGAGGUGCUUGUGAUCCAUUUGAAAAGAUUCGCAUAUAGCAGAACCAUGAAAAGUAAACUAGAAACAUUGGUCAACUUUCCUAUUCAUGACUUUGACCUGACCAAAUAUGUUGCAAACAAAAACAAUAAUCGUCCUCAAAUAUAUGAACUUUAUGCCUUGGCUAAUCACUAUGGCAACUUGGGAAGUGGCCACUAUACUGCACAUAUCAAGCUUAUUAAUGAGAACAAAUGGUACAACUUUGAUGAUAACCAUGUUUCAGCGAUUAGUGAAGAUGAUGUGAAGUCAAAUGCUGCUUAUGUGUUAUUCUACAGGAGGGCGAAAACUGACGGUGCUUCAGCAAGCAGUGGAGCUCAUUCUUCGUCAGCUCAAAACUUUUCCUUUUCCAAGUGACAUCGUAAGCGUAUUUCACAACAGUUUCUAGUUCGAGAUGAGACCUGAUUGUGUUCUCGAGAAUUUACCCAAAAAUUAAUAUGGCUUUACAGGUUUGAUAGGGAGUCUAAAAUAUUUUAAUUAAGUGGAUGUUGUUAUAACUGAUUAUGCUUGGCUGCUUGCUAGGAUUUUUUGUGACUUCCUGCAGGUUU